AUGCGUCUCGUUUUGUCCAGAAGACUCUCAGGCUGCAGCAAGUGCCUGGACGUCACAGCGAAAAUCAAGGAUCGAAAAAAAGAAGCCUGUGCUGACAUAGAUGCUGUUUGUGUUGCUCCUAGACAUGUAGAAAGAUCGGACUUUCAGUCGUUCUUUGAAAAACUAAAACAUCAAGAGGAAAUAAAAAAUCUAAGAGCAGUUGAAGAUGUAUAUGUACCAGUUGUCAAGUUUGAGUUUGAUGGCAUAGAGAUUGAUCUCGUGUUUGCAAGACUGUCUGUGCCAACUGUUUCUGGUAAUCUUGAUCUCAGAGAUGACUCACAUCUCAGAAGCCUGGAUAUAAUAUGUAUACAGAGCUUAAAUGGUUGCAGAGUUACUGAUGAAAUACUACACCUAGUGCCAAAUAAAGAGAACGUCUGGCUCACGCUCUGUGCAAUUAAACUGUGGGCAAAACGAUGUGGCAUUUACUCCAACAUGCUGGGAUUUCUUGGUGGGGUUUUCUGGGCCGUGCUAGUAGCAAGAACGUGUCAGCUCUAUCCACAUGCUUUGGCUUCUACUCUGGUUAACAAGUUCUUCUUGUUUUUUUUUCAAAACAGUUCUAAAUGGACAGUUAGUUACUGGCUUUUCUUACAUAGGGAGUGGCCAAAACCUGUAUUGCUGAAACAACAUGAAGAGAGCAAUCUUAAUUUACCCGUAUGGGACGCUAGGGUGAACCCAUCAAACCGAUAUCAUGUAAUGCCUAUCAUCACCCCAGCCUAUCCACAGCAGAACUCUACAUACAACGUAUCUACAUCAACGCGAGCGGUAAUGGUAGAGGAGCUCAAACAUGGUCUUGCGGUUACAAAUGAGAUUCUCCAAGGAAAAUCAGACUGGUCAAAGCUCUUUGAACCACUGAACUUCUUUCAGAAAUACAAACAUUAUAUUGUGCUGACUGCUAGUGCCUCUACUGAAGAGCAUCACUUAGAGUGGAUUGGCCUUGUCGAAUCUAAAAUUUGUGUGCUGGUUGGAAACUUGGAGAGGAAUGAAUUUAUAUCUAUUGCCCAUAUAAAGCCACAGUCUUUCCCUGGCAACCGAGAGCUUGUAAACAGUGGUUUUCAUUACUUUUCUGAAAUCCAGUUUGGCCAAUGUAUUGUACCUUGUUUAUAUUUAUUCACCUCAGCUUAUCUGUGAGAGAUGUUCAGUUACGUACCUACUGUUUUGUAGGUAUGAGGUCUGAGAGGCAAGGUUCUGAGCAUGUGGGAUCUUUUUAAAGAAGGGAGAACUUCAGGGAGGAGUUCUUGGAGAACUUAAGUGUGGGCUGACUCUAAUCUUUAACUGCUGCAUACAACUAAACUGUUUUGCUUAAUCCCUUCUUGAGAGUAGAUACUAGCAUCCAAAUAACUGGCAUCUGUGCAUAAAUGAUAGAUUUGUGAAUCUGU